AUGACGGAAGCGAUAGUGAAAGACUCGGGGAACAGGGAUAGCGUGAAGGCAUACAUUCUCGUAGCUGGUGGUGGUAGUCGUUUGGCUACUACGGGAAAAGUGCAAGGCACGUUCAAGUCCAGCUGGACGCCCUUCGGAAGUGCACUUAUCGCCUUCAGCGCCUCCCUGCUGAUGCUGCGCAUCGGCCCGUGGUGUCAGCUGAUGGAGCAUGUGCAGAUACCUGCUGAGCCGGUCGAGACACCGACGUUCCCGCCUUGGGAACGACAAUCGGUGCCUGUCCAGCUCCAAAAGUCGACCAGGGCCCGAAAGACGGCGGUUGCUCCCGAGACGCCCAAGAUGUUCAGGAUCAAGAUUCAGCGCCAGAGCCCCCUAUCACAGAGUGAGAGGUCAUCGAACUCGCCAGCACCCCGCCCGAUAAGCGAAUUCGAAUCAGAGACGCAGCGGCACAUGACACGCAGAAUUUCUGUCAGGCGAUGUGAGUUUCAAGAGGCCAUGCUGGCCGCCGAUGGUCCACGCCAGCGAGCCCUCCUCAGUCAUCACAAGGAAGAGCAACUCCAGAGUCUGUUGGUGCUGUAG